GUCUCGGGCCCUCAGGCGGAGCGGGGUCGGGCCCCAGGCGGAGCGACAGGCGCCGGGGGCCCCCCGGAGCGGCGGGCGCCGGACCCCCAGGUGGGCGACACAGGUCUCGGGGCCCUCAGGCGGAGCGGCGGGCGCCGGACCCCCAGGUGGAGCGACAGGUCUCGGGCCUCAGGCGGAGUCAACUGGCGCUGCGGACCCUGGCACUGGAGCGAAGGUUGGGCGGCGGAGCAGCGGGCGCCGGUCACCAGGCAUCAACAGGUCAUCUGGCAAGGCAGUGGACUGGGGCUA